UCCUGUUUCGAGUGCAGGAAAUGUUUUCCAUAUAAGUCUAGACUUUACAUAUAUCAGAGAUCUAACACAGGUGAAAAGCCAUAUGUCUGUCCUGAGUGCGGGAAAUACUUUUCAGUGAAGCUUAGUCUCCACACACAUCAGAGAUCUUACAUGGAGGAGCAGCCAUACCCUUGUUCAGAGUGCGGGAAAUGUUUUUCACAGAAGUCCAGCCUGCAUAUAUAUCAGAGACCUCACAUGAGGAAGAUGCUAUAUCCCUGUUUUAAGUGCGGGAAAUGUUUUUUUCAGAUAAGUCUAGACUUUACAUAUAUCAGAGAUCUUACACAGGUGAAAAGCCAUAUAUCUGCCCUAAGUGUGGGAAAUACUUUUCAGUGA